AUGCGCUUCACCUACCAAGCUCUCGCUGUCUUCAUCAGCUCCCUCCUGGUCAACAGCGCCGCCGCCCACGCUUGCGAGAGCAGCGCUGUCUGGCCCGAUCCCGCCAACUGCCACAAGUUCUACCAGUGCAACCCUGGCACUGAGCCCGCCCACAAGGAAUGCGGUGCUGGCACUGCCUUCAACCCCAAGAUCAGCACAUGCGACUACGAGCAGAACGUUCCUUCUUGCUUCAAGGACCCCCACCACCCUCGCCCUUUCCACGCCUAG